ACGACCAUCCAUCACCUGGAGGAGGCGGGGCUCAACGAUCCCUGCGUCAUCUCGGCACUGAACAUUGAGCAGACGGCGCCCUCUGCAGGCAAGAAGGGAAGCAGCUGCUCCUCCUCGGACGAGAGUGAUGAGGAGAGUGAGACGGAGAGCACAGGAGGGGCGUACACACAGCGGGCGGGCACGAACCUCCUCUCCUCUUCAUCCUCUUCAUCAUCAUCUUUGACUCAGCCCAAACCACCGCCUGUUGUCUCCUCCAAUCAGGAGCCGUACUCUCAGCGCAAUGCCCUGAUUUCAACAGGAAGUCCUUCCAGAGCUGGGCUAGAGCUGAGGAGCUGUGGAGGAAGACCUAAGGAGGAAGAGGAGAAGGAUGUGAACCUCCUCACAUUAACUUUCGGCAGGGUGGAACAGGAGGAAGAGGAGGAGAAAAAAUCAGACUUCAUUGUGGAGGAGGUGGCAUUUGACUCAGUGCUCGGCGAGGAGGGCGCCACAGAAACUGUUCAUGAUGAAGAGGAGGAGGUCUGUGGAUACAUGGGGCGCUCGGGUAUCUGACAGAGCUCUUUAAGGUGCCUGGUUAUCAGGUCCACGUCUGGGUUCAUGUGGGCCAGGGUUUGAAAUGUUUUCAUUUUCCCUCCAGCAGCAGCGGCGCAGACGUCGGCCAUUUUUAUUCUAACGUGUAGGUUCUCACCUCUUUGCUGAUAUUACUUAUUUGAAUCUGUCCGUCAGACGGCUGAAGUCCAGAGAUCGUCUCAUUGUUUCAGGUUCUAUUAAUAAGUGUGAGACACCCGCUGAUGCAGGAGGUCCAGGACGUCCGUCCCUGCUGCGUCUCUGGAGAUGGCGACUCAGCCGCCUCUAAUGGCUAACGUGAGGUUAGCAUCUGGUCUCCGCGGUGAGCAGCUAGAGGACGUCCCGUGUUAGGGAGGCGAUCUAUCUAAAUCUCAUGUUCCUGUUAGACUUUAGGUUUUCUGUGGACCAGUUCUGAGCAGGUUUAUUUUUAUCUCUUAUUUUAAAUAAAAACCAGUUUGUUUGUUUUGUCAACACACAGCUGUGUUUGUUGGGCAUUCCCAAACUCCGUCACGUAAGCAUCCCAGUGCCCGGGUCGAACUCUAACCCACACCGAGUCUGAACAAAAUGUUUCGUAUUCAGCCGUGCUUUGGAUUAUUACUCAUGUUUGCAUCAUGUGAUUAAAGCAGAAGGCAGUUAAA